AUGGCGACUAAUACGAAGAUUCUUCAUUCUCUGAUCGUCUUCCUCAUAGCGAUUUCUACAGUCCACGCUGUUUCCGCAGAUUCGAUUAAAGGCUGCGGUGGUUUUGUCGAGGCGAGUUCGUCUUUGGUUAGGUCUCGGAAAGGAGCUGAUGGGAAACUGGAUUAUUCUCACAUCACGGUUGAGCUUCAAACAGUAGAUGGAUUGGUAAAGGACAGUACACAGUGUGCUCCAAAUGGUUACUAUUUCAUCCCUGUAUAUGACAAGGGCUCGUUCAUUCUCAAGAUAAAUGGACCUGAGGGAUGGUCAUGGAGUCCAGAUAAGGUUCCUGUUGUCGUUGACGAAUCUAGUUGCAACAACAAUGAGGAUAUUAACUUCCGCUUCACGGGUUUUACAUUAUCCGGUAAAGUCCGUGGAGCUAUUGGUGGAGAGAGUUGUUCGAUUAAGAAUGGAGGCCCAGCUGAUGUCAAUGUUGAAUUAUUGUCUUCUGAUGGAGAUUCCAUUGCUUCUGUUCUUACAUCGUCAGAUGGGAGCUACUUGUUCAAGAAUAUUAUUCCAGGAAAAUACAAUAUCCGUGCAUCUCAUCCAGAGCUGCAAGUUGAAGUCCGCGGUUCAACAGAGGUGGAACUUGGAUUUGCAAAUGGCAUGGUGGAUGACAUAUUCUUUGUCCUUGGUUAUGAUCUGAAGGGGUCUGUUGUUGCUCAGGGAAAUCCAAUCCUGGGAGUUCAUAUAUAUUUGCAUUCAGAUGAUGUUUCCAUGGUAGAUUGUCCCCAAGGAUUUGGUGACGCUUCUGGAGAAAGGAAGCCUCUCUGCCAUGCUGUAUCCAAUAAGGACGGAAUAUUCAGUUUCAAGUCCAUCCCAUGUGGAAAAUACGAACUGAUACCGCAUUAUAAGGGCGAGAACACGGUAUUUGAUGUUUCACCUCCUGUGAUGCCUGUUUCUGUAGAGCAUCAACAUGUCACUGUUCCCAAAAAGUUUCAGGUAACAGGAUUCUCCAUCGGGGGUCGUGUAGUUGAUGGUAAUUCGAAGGGAGUUGAGGGCGUUGAAAUCUUAGUAGAUGGUAGUGUAAGAUCUGUCACGGACAAGGAAGGUUAUUACAAGCUUGACCAGGUUACAUCAAAUCGAUAUACAAUAGAUGCAGUCAAGGAGCAUUACAAGUUCGACAAACUGCAGAAGUUCAUGGUUUUACCAAAUAUGGCUUCACUUCCAGAGAUCAGUGCUGUAUCCUAUGAUAUCUGUGGUGUGGUGCGAAUGGUUGGUUCUGGUUACAAGGCAAAGGUAGCUUUGACUCAUGGACCCACAAAUGUCCCACCGCAAAUGAAGCAUACAGAUGAGAGUGGAGCGUUCUGCUUUGAGGUUCCACCAGGCGAAUAUAGGCUGUCUGCUUUGGCUGCUACACCAAAGAGUGCUUCUGAGCUUUUGUUUUUGCCAGCGUAUGUGGAUGUUGCCGUCAAAAGUCCAUUGUUGAACAUAGAAUUUUCUCAGGCCCGAGUCAAUGUGCAUGGUUCUGUUACUUGCAAGGAGAAAUGUGGUCCGUCUGUCUCAGUGGCGCUUGUGGGAGUAGCUGGCAAUCGUGACAAGAAGACAGUUUUUUUAACCGAUGAGAGCAGUCAAUUUCACUUUUCAGACAUAUUGCCUGGAAAGUAUAGAGUUGAGGUCAAAAGCAUCUCACCGGAAGACGCAUCUGAGGAAGACAGUUGGUGCUGGGACCGUAGCUCCAUUGACGUGAAUGUUGGAGCUGAGGAUAUCAAAGGGAUCGAAUUUGUCCAGAAAGGUUACUGGAUUAAUAUUAUCUCCACCCAUGAGGUGGAUGCUAAAAUUGUUCAUACUAAUGGAUCACCUACUAAUUUAAAAAUCAAGAAAGGUUUGCAGAAAAUAUGCGUUGAGUCACCUGGAGGGCAUGAGCUUCAGCUUUCUGACUCCUGCAUAUCCUUUGGGAGCAAUUCAAUAAAGAUAGAUGUCUCAAAUCCACAGCCUAUUAAUCUGAGAGCAGAGAAGUAUCUCCUCAAAGGUCUGAUAAAUGUGGAGUCUAGUUCAACCGAGAUUGAGUUGCCAGAGGAUUUCAUUGUUGAUAUGCAAGACAAGGAAGGAAGAGUUAUCAACAGUUUUUCUGCCAAAAUUGGAUCUGAUAGACGUGGCGUUUAUGAGUUCUAUACCUGGGCAAAUCUUGGUGAAAAGAUUAGCUUUGUUCCUCGGGAUUCUAGGGGUAAUGCGGAGAAGAAGAUGUUGUUUUAUCCUAAAGAGCUUCAUGCUGUAGUGUCAAAUGAUGGAUGCCAAGCUUCAGUUUCUCCAUUUACUGGUCGACUUGGUCUUUACAUUCAAGGAUCGGUCUCUCCUCCUCUCCCCGGUGUUAACAUUAAAGUCUCCGCUGCAAAAGACAGCCUUAUUUCUUCACUCAAGAAGGGUGAAGUAGCUGCUGAAACAAGCACAUCGCCAGAUGGUUCAUUUGUUGCUGGGCCUUUGUAUGAUGAUAUACCAUAUUACACUGAGGCAUCAAAGCCUGGGUACCAUAUUAAAAGACUAGGACCACAUUCUUUCUCCUGCCAGAAGCUUGGUCAGAUCUCUGUGCGUGUAUACUCAAAGGACAAUGCCGAUACAUCAAUCACUCCGUUGUUGUUAUCAUUAAGUGGAGAUCAUGGUUACAGAAACAAUUCUAUAUCUGGCGCUGGUGGACUCUUUGUAUUUGAUAGCUUAUUUCCUGGAAAUUUCUACUUGCGUCCCCUUCUUAAGGAAUAUUCUUUCAAACCUUCAACGCUGGCAAUAGAACUGGGUUCUGGGGAGUCUAGUGAAGCUGUCUUUGAGGCUACUCGUGUUGCGUACAGUGCAAUGGGUAGAGUUGCUCUCCUAUCUGGCCAGCCACAAGAAGGCGUUGCAAUUGAAGCUCGUUCUGACUCCAAAGGAUACUAUGAGGAGACUACAAGUGAUGUUAAUGGAAACUAUCGUGUGAGAGGGUUACAUCCAGAUACAACAUACGUAAUCAAAGUAUCGAAAAAACCCAGCUCAGGCAACAACAAAAUUGAACGUGCGUCUCCAGAAUCGGUGUCUCUUCAGAUUGGUUACGAAGAUACCCACGGGAUCGACUUUUUGGUCUUUGAACAACCAGAAACAACCAUAUUAACAUGCCAUGUCGAAGGAAAACAGAACGAAGAACUAAACUCGAAUCUGAUAGUGGAGAUUAAAUCAGCCAUUGAUGAAUCUAAAAUAGAGAACGUCUUUCCGCUACCACUUUCCAACUUCUUCCAAGUAAAAGGAUUAUCCAGAGGUAAACACCUUGUGCAGCUUAAAUCCAGUCGUCCGUUAACCUCACAUAAAGUAGAAUCAGAGAUCAUCGAAGUUGAUUUCGAGACAAAUGCCCAAAUCCAUAUCGGUCCACUUCGAUACAGCAUCGUAACAGAUCAUCAGAGUCAGGAAGUAACACCUGCAGCUAUACUACCGCUGGUUAUCGGCGUUUCGGCAGUUGCUCUGUUCAUCAGCAUCCCAAGGUUGAAAGACAUAUACCAAGCCACGGUUGGGAUUUCGUCUCCCGGGUUCAGUGCAUCUGCGAAGAGAGAUCAACCUCGAAAAGCUGUUGCUAGAAAGAAGACAUUCUGA